CCCACCCGCACCCCCACGGCCGGGGGCACCGCCGGGCCCUCGGGGUCGGCCUCGGCCUCGGGGGGGGAGAUGAGCAGCAGCGAGCCCGGGACCCCCGCCCAGACCCCGCUGGUGGCCCCCGUCAUCCCCACGCCCGGCCUGCCCUCCCCGGGGGCACCCCCCGUGCCCUCGCCCACCAAGGAGGAGGAGAAUCUCCGUGCCCAGGUCAGGGACCUGGAGGAGAAGCUGGAGACGCUGAAGAUCAAACGGAAUGAGGACAAGGCAAAGCUCAAGGAGCUGGAGAAGUACAAGAUCCAGCUGGAGCAGGUGCAGGAAUGGAAGAGCAAAAUGCAGGAGCAGCAGGCCGACCUCCAGAAGCGCCUGAAGGAGGCCAAGAAGGAGGCCAAGGAUGCCCUGGAGGCCAAGGAGAGGUACAUGGAGGAGAUGGCGGACACGGCCGACGCCAUCGAGAUGGCCACGCUGGACAAGGAGAUGGCCGAGGAACGCGCAGAGUCCCUGCAGCAGGAGGUGGACUCCCUCAAGGAGAAGGUGGAAUAUCUCACCAUGGACCUGGAGAUCCUCAAGCACGAGAUCGAGGAGAAAGGCUCUGAUGGAGCAGCAUCCAGCUACCAGGUGAAGCAGCUGGAGGAGCAGAACGCCCGGCUCAAGGAGGCUCUGGUCAGGAUGAGGGACCUGUCGGCCUCGGAGAAGCAGGAGCACGUGAAGCUGCAGAAGCAGAUGGAGAAGAAGAACACGGAGCUGGAGUCGCUGCGGCAGCAGCGGGAGAAGCUGCAGGAGGAGGUGAAGCAGGCGGAGAAGACGGUGGAUGAGCUGAAGGAGCAGGUGGAUGCAGCUCUGGGCGCCGAGGAGAUGGUGGAGACUCUGACAGAGAGAAACCUGGACCUGGAGGAGAAGGUCCGGGAGCUGCGCGAGACCGUCGGGGACCUGGAGGCCAUGAACGAGAUGAACGACGAGCUGCAGGAGAACGCGCGGGAGACGGAGCUGGAGCUGCGGGAGCAGCUGGACAUGGCCACGGGCCGCGUGCGGGAGGCUGAGAAGCGCGUGGAGGCCGCGCAGGAGACCGUGGCCGACUACCAGCAGACCAUCAAGAAGUACCGGGAGCUCACGGCUCACCUCCAGGUGAGACCCCCCUGCUCAUCCCGGGGCCCUCCCG